AUUUGCAACAUGGCUCUUGCCGAUGCAAUGUUGCCUUCGAUAAAUACAUUUUCAAACAACCAGAUUAUAGACGAAAAGCAGGCUGAAAUUGUUCGGGACUGGAAGACCGACCCCAGUAAAAGCAGCUCGACAACAGUUGGCGACAUGAGACCUCUGAUCGAGGUGGAGUUCAGCAUCGUGGAGUCGCCACCUUUGGCUAAAGACGAGGACGAUCUUUCCAAGUUUCUGGAUCUAGAGUUCAUCCUGUCCAACUCUGUCACGUCUGACAAUGACAACAACGCCGCGCAACAGCAGCCGCCCGCCUAUUCCUUACCGGAGUCACCGGAGAGCUGCAGUACAGUUUACGACAGCGAUGGAUGUCACCCGACGCCAAACGCGUUUUGUGGCAACAACUUUAGCGCACGUUCUGGUCACAGUCUGGUAGCAGAGCUGUUUACACCAGACAUGAAUUAUCAUGGCGACUCAUCGCAUGAAUAUAGUUUGAAAGGACAUUUAGACAGACUGGAAUACACUGAACUAAGGGCUCUGAACUCUAGAAACCAGGCGCACUUACAGGUGCCCAACUCUAACAAUGUGGGAUACAAAAUAAAAACGGAAAACCACGAACAACCGUGCAUGAUGGCAAACGACUACGUGGGAAAUUAUUAUGGACAUGAUCACCAGCGCGCAAUGCAUCACCAGGCUUACGGGCAUCACGGUAUGCAACAAGAUGUUGCUCGGGACAUGUUAGGAAGAAAAGACUGCAUCCUGACAGAGAUGAGCUCACAUCAGCACAUUAACAUUGCACAUCAACAGCAAUACAUGAACAGCGCGCCUUAUCCACCUCAGUACGGUCAGCAUCAGUAUCACGGACAUUAUAACGUGUUCAGCGAACCCUUGCGAUCCAAUCACCCGGCUAUGCCAGGUGUGAUGUUGACCCCACCAUCCUCACCUCUUCUGGGAUUUUUAAAUCCUGAAGACAAGCCGAAACGAGGCCGUCGGACAUGGGCACGAAAACGGACCGCGACGCACAGCUGUGAAUUCCCGGGGUGCGGGAAAACUUACACUAAAAGUUCUCAUUUGAAAGCGCACAUGCGGACGCAUACAGGUGAAAAGCCUUAUCAUUGCAGUUGGGAAGGUUGUGGCUGGAAGUUCGCCAGGUCGGAUGAGUUAACGCGUCACUACAGGAAACACACCGGACACAGGCCGUUUCAGUGCCACCUGUGCGAGAGAGCCUUUUCCCGAUCUGAUCAUCUGGCCCUGCACAUGAAGAGACAUAUGUAAACAAAAGACUGUAUUUUAAACCACCAGAGGACUUUAUAUUGCCAAGACAAUUCCUAUUUUGGGAUAGCAGUUAUGUUAAUAGCAGUAAAAUGUCAUUUGUUUUAAAUUAUGACAGUAUUUAAUAGAAGGAGAUUCUCAUUUAGAAGAUAAAUUAUGUAGUAUUUUCCCAGAUGUAUAGAAAAGGGGCAGGACCCAUGCUUUGUAUAUAUGUAUUUUUAACUUUGUUUAUACAUUUGUAUUAUGCCAGGGAAUAUUUUUUUCAUGGAUUUACAGAAGAAUAAAAAUGC